GGGCUUAAAAGGGCAACGGCGGGAAACGGUUGCUUAGCAACGGCGCGGUGCGGUGGCCGUUGGUGCUGUGAGGAGGAGCCGCCGUCCCCGCCCCGCCUCGUCCCGGCGGGCACCGAGGAAACAGAAGGAAGAAACUUGGGGAAAGAAGCAGCAUUGAGGAGCAGCUGAUUUAAUGAGAGGCAAAUACACAGCUUCAGUAACUUGAAAGAAGUGACAGAGCACUGACACAGUUUGUCUAGAGAAUUUAUGGAUUCUCCUUCCUAGGAGAUCUUCAGAAGCUGCCUGGAUGUGAUUUGGGGCACCCUGCUCUGGGUGUCCCUGCUUGAGUGGAGGCUGGACCAGAUAGAACCAGAGGUCACUGCCAACCUCAUCCAUUCUUGGACUUUGUUCAGUCAGGGAAGACCUGUGGGCAAGCAAUCCAAAACAAUGGUGAGUCAGGAAAUGCCAACUGCAUCGAGAUGUCUUGAAGAACUGCAUUCAUCAGAUGAAUUCAGCACAUCCUCUAAAGAAGUACUUAAGCCCAGUAACAUGAAAAUGUCAGAAGUUUCUGCAGCCGUGUCUAAAGCUGACAUCAAGCCAAAAUCUAUACGUCAUGCCAAAAAAUGGUCAGAUGAGAUAGAGAACUUAUACAGGUUCCAGCAAGCUGGGUACAGAGAUGAAGUUGAAUAUAAACAAGUAAAACAAGUUGAUACGGUAGAGUGUUGGCCAGAAACUGGAUUUGUGAAGAAGCUUCAGAGAAAGGACAACACCUUCUAUUAUUACAAUAAGCAAAGAGAAUGUGAAGACAAAGAUGUUCAUAAAGUGAAAGUUUAUGUAUACUAAUUUUGCUACUUUGCAAAGUUUGUACGUUUUUAAAUAAACCUCUUUGUUAGUUAGGAUCUGUAAGUAAAUGAGAUUUGUAUAAUCCAGCAUUUAAAGCAUAAAUGUCAUUCUUGGAUAGAAUGGGGAAUACAGAACAUAUCAAAUUAUUUGGAACAUCAAAAAAAUAAAAAACUGCAAAGGGACUUUGUAUAUUGGGUUUGACUGUGCAAAGUCCAUUAUAAGUAGACUCAUUGAUCUUUACUCUGAACAACAUAAUCUUGUUGAUAUCAGCUAAUGUCAGCUGCAGUCUCUUGGUGUAAUUAAGGGCUACAAGGCUCCCAGUAAGUCCAAAAGGUUAAUUGUAGUGCCCUUGGAGAGGAGCCACAAUAACAAGCAGAAAACUUUCUUGUUUUAAUUUACUGUUUAUUUAGUUAUUGUUGUGUCAGAUCUAUUCCCUGGUAUGUUUGCUUAAUGUUUCCCUUUCUGCCCUUAGCAGCCCAAUUUAGGAGUCUUCCAUCAAACGGCUCUACUCAAAUAAACUUUCUCACACUGUGUGUUUAUCACUGAGACUAACCAGGUCUGUUUCUUUCGAUUGUUUCCUCAUUUGGAAGUUCUUGAUCAGAUAACCCUGCUGGAAUAAACAUUCCCAUAUGCCACUUCUUGUUAAUGAGGGCAACCCACCAAGUUUGUUUCUGGUCACUGCCUUUGUUAACACCAAUGGGUCAGGAUUUUCUGUCUGUAAGUGCUUGUUCUUUUUGUUUGCCUCAUCGUCCCAAUGUUGUGAGGCCCUUAGCCAAUUGUACAUCAACAAAUAAACUGUCUCACACACCACGUA